CUCAGUACCGAGCAAUCCGAGCAAUCUGAGCAAUCCUUUGCUCAUGUAUAUAGCAAGUAGACACGCUGCCCUUAUGGCAUCGUGUUCAACCUCGUCAAUCAACUUUGUUAUUGGAAUCUCACUUGCUCUUGAGCCAGACAGUAUACUCUGUACUACUCAUUGCAACCAGUCGCCACGGUCUUUGACUAGACGACUACCUGACUAUUACGAAGGUUAUUACAACCCGCCCGGAUAGUCUACCCCUGACCACCCAAGCCUUGCUUAGGUGACUGUCAACCCCUACGGCUUUCUGUACCUCCGCUCAUCCCCGAG